AUGGGCGACAAGCCCGGGCUAGUGAUUGCUUCUCGUAUAGCAGUAGCAGUAGCAGUAGUCAACAAAAAUGGCCGGAGGGACAAAGAACGGACGGUUAGGCAGCUUGGCAAGCAGGCAAGGGAAAAAGGGAAGCCGCUCAUCGACAGGGGGAUGAAGGCCACCUGCCGGCCUGGCCGGCUCACAGUCCAGACUGCGGCACAUGUUGUCAAGCUGGAAUAUGGCUGGCGUGGCCGCCGUCAGGCUAGUCACCGGUCAGCUCCGGGCAAUAUGACUUGUCGCCCUGUGAGGUGCAAGAUGGUGGUCAUCCGCAGCCCGGUGCUCAGCUCCAAGGGGGCCCAAAUUGGGCCAAUCAUUCCCUGCUGCGCCAACAUCCCAUUCCCUGUUUCGGCCAUUCUCAGGAUCGGAUCGGGAGAACUUCCGGGAAUGCCAACCCGACGCCAGGACAAUGGCGGCAUCACGAGCACUGAAGAUGAGGGCAAGACUGCAGGUUUAUGGGAAUGA